AUGGGCAAGGCCAAGAAAGCCAAAGCGAGCAACAAGGCGGCCGUGAAAGCGUCGAAGAAGGAGAAGCAGGCCAAGAAAGUCGAGCAGAAGUCCAAGAAACAACUUGCGCUUGAGGCUGCAGCAGAGGAGGAAGACCUUCUGACCACCUUGGAAGAGUUUAGAGCGAAAUGGGAAGCCGAACAUAAGGUCACCGAGGACGUCAUCGACGGUCCGCCUAGUCGAAGAGCUAAUGCCUCUUUCACGCCCGAUCCUAACCAACCUUACAUCUGGUUAUUCGGUGGAGAAUUCUUUAACGGUACGACCGCCCAUUUCUACAACGACCUUUAUAGGUAUUCUCCCGACAAAAACGAAUGGAGGAGGUACAGUUCACCCACCUUUCCCGGGCCCAGAUCCACCCACCAAAUGGUAGCCACUCCUGCCGGUGGCGGAAAGCUGUGGCUAUUUGGUGGCGAAUUUGCUUCGUCCAACCAGACCACAUUCCAUCACUACAGAGACAUGUGGUGUUUUGACCUGGCAAGUCAUUCGUGGGAAAGGAUCGAAACCAAAGUCCAGCCGUCUGCAAGAAGUGGACACCGAAUGGUUGUAUGGAAACAGUGGAUUAUCCUGUUUGGUGGCUUUCAUGACGUUGGAGUUCGGACGAAUUAUCUACACGAUCUAUGGUUUUUUGAUAUGAUGGAAUACAAGUGGCAGCAGAUCACAUCACGCGACAACGAACGAUGGCCGAGUCCUCGCUCUGGGUUCUCGCUACUGUCGAUCCCUGAAGGAAUCAUCUUACAUGGCAAGUCGAUAUCAUCACUAUUUUCUCUGCCAUCCGGGACUCAAAGACUUUUGAUCGCUAAAGGAGUCGCACUCGACGAUACGUUCUUCCUCAAGCUCGAUCCCGCUAAUCCGGAUUGGUUGAAGAAACUGAAGUGGGAGAAACGGAAACGGGUGGGCCAGGUGCCCAGCCUGAGAAGCGGAUCAACAAUGGUCAAUUGGGUCAAUAAAGCCAUGGCGGUCGGGUUCGGUGGUGUUUUGGAUCUAGAGGAUAAUGAAGAAGGUCUUGUUAGCGAGUUCUACAAUGAUCUAUAUGCCUAUCAACUCUCAGGUACCGGACGGUGGAUGUCGUUGAACUUGAAAAAACCCAAAAAGAAAAAGGGGAAGGAUGGGCCAAAUGGAAAGAAAAAGAGUGCGAAAAAUCAAGACCGAAGUCAUGAAAAAACAGACGACAAUGGGGUGGAGACGAUAGACGCAAUUCCAGAAGAAGAUGAGGCCAUGGAACUGGACGAAGAGGAUAGACUCGAAGAGGCUAGAUUGAAAGCUGAUCAACGCAUCAGAGAUGAGAUCGCUAGAUCCAAGUUGAAAGCCAAUUCGGCUGCUGCUACCAAAGCAAACGAUCCUGCCCAAACUGCUGAGAAUCAACUCGGCAGCGCUGCAGAGACUCAAGACCCAUCACACGAUGAAGAGGAUCCGGAGAAGACAAUUCCACUAGCAAGAUUCAACCCCAUGCUAGCCAUCUUGAAAAAUACCUUAUAUAUCUAUGGUGGUAUCUACGAAUCUGGAGAUAAAGAAUAUACCCUGCAAUCGUUUUAUGCAUUAGCGUUGGACAAGUUGGAUCGAUACAUCUGUUUGCGCGAUGACGAUAUCCAUAAUCAUGAAUGGUACGACGAGUCGGAAGGCGGAAGUGACGAGGAAGACUCGGGCUCGGACGGGAGUAGUAGUGAUACUGACAGUCAGAGUGAAGAGCCCGAGAGUAUAGACAAGCUGGAAACCGAGCACGAGCAGCUUCCAAUCGUCGAAGAUCCUUCCGAGCUCGUUGAUGUGGUUGCAACACAAGUCGAACAAGAAGAGCUGAAGAAAAAGGUGGAAGCUUUUAUGGGCGUGGCUAAGUCCUCUGAACGGUCUAUCGAAGAGGUGAUGAGCACGCCGCUCCCGGGAGAAAGCUUGAAGCUAUUCUACGAUCGGACGCGUGAAUAUUGGACGCAAAAGGCUCACGAAACCUCGCAGCAUCGUGGGAAAGAGCUUCGACGCGACGGAUUCUCGCAUGCUGAAGAACGAUAUUCCGAAUAUAAGCCUCUGUUGGAUGAGAUUGAACGGAUCCAGGCGGAGGCGGGAAUCGAGGCCUCGGAUGUCCAGCGCAGGACCGGGCCUAGUGGCGUCGGCGGCGGUGGGCCUGCCCAGGAUAGUCGCCAUCGGAGAUGA